GCUUCCUCCUGGUUGGAGAGCUGCUUCCUGUACCGGAUUUUUUUAACACCCCCUGCAAAAUUUCUCAAAGUCUUUUCACGGAAUUUUGAGCACAAGUCACGCAUCGACAGGACAGCCCCUGGGAUGAUUUGUUGCUGCAAUCCCUCAGUGAAAAGCGGCAUCGGCUGUGCUAGGACGGAGGCCUAAAAGCUGUCAUCUGUCUGAAGGCGCUUCGUACAGGAGCCACAGGGCCGUGCCGAGUCAGGCUCCAGUCUCUGCCGGGAGAGCUCCGACAGUCAUGACUUCGUCUCAAACCGUGUUCCAGCUCACAGACUAGACCAUUUGGCUGUGAACGGGAUUUUUUCUGAGCGACCAAUGCUUACCUGUCUGUGCUGCAGCAACUUCUCUUGCCCUCUUGUCAUCUGCCUGUUUGCCGACUGUGACAGAACUCCGUGAGGCAUGACGGACUCGAACAACUAAACCUUCUCAACAGCAAGUCCAUUCUAUAGUGUAGAGAAAUUACAGUGGCGGUAACUCGUUGUCGUUGCAUAUCUUGAUUAUAUAAUUUAGUACUCAGUCAUGGCCCCGAAGAAACCGCGACCAGUCCCGCUGAACCUGCCGUCUACAGGAGAGGGACAGCCGUCCAUCAACGCUGAUGCUGCCUCAGAAGCUAAUCUGGAGGCCUUGCAGAAGAAGCUAGGGGAGCUGGACCUAGAUGAGCAGCAGCGGAAGCGUCUUGAAGCCUUCCUCACCCAGAAAGCUCAAGUGGGAGAGCUGAAAGAUGACGACUUUGAGCCCAUCUGUGAGCUGGGUGCCGGGAAUGGUGGAGUGGUCCAUAAAGUGCGCCACAAGCCCUCCAGGCUGGUCAUGGCCCGAAAGCUUAUUCAUUUGGAAAUCAAACCAGCAAUCAGGAACCAGAUUAUUCGGGAGCUGCAGGUGCUGCAUGAGUGUAACUCACCCUACAUAGUGGGCUUCUAUGGUGCUUUCUAUAGUGAUGGGGAGAUCAGUAUCUGUAUGGAGCAUAUGGAUGGAGGCUCACUGGAUCAGGUGCUAAAAGAAGCUAGAAGAAUUCCAGAGGAAAUUCUGGGUAAAGUUAGUAUUGCAGUACUUAGAGGACUUGCUUAUCUACGGGAGAAGCACCAAAUUAUGCACCGAGACGUGAAGCCCUCCAACAUCCUGGUGAACUCGCGCGGUGAAAUCAAGCUGUGCGACUUUGGCGUGAGCGGCCAGCUCAUCGACUCCAUGGCCAAUUCCUUUGUGGGAACACGCUCAUACAUGUCGCCGGAGAGGCUCCAGGGCACUCACUAUUCGGUGCAGUCGGAUGUGUGGAGCAUGGGCCUGUCACUAGUAGAGUUGGCCAUCGGCCGCUACCCCAUCCCACCACCUGACGCAAAGGAAUUGGAAGCCAUCUUUGGGCGACCCGUGCUGGAUGGGGCAGGGAUGGAGGGACACAGCAUGUCUCCAAAACCCAGACCUACAGGUCGCCCCAUUAGUGGACAUGGAAUGGACAGCAGGCCGGCCAUGGCUAUAUUUGAGCUACUGGACUACAUUGUCAAUGAGCCCCCACCUAAGCUACCACAUGGUGUAUUUACCUCAGACUUCCAGGACUUUGUGACAAAAUGCCUCAUCAAGAACCCUGCUGACAGAGCUGACCUGAAGAUGUUGAUGGGCCACACAUUUAUCAAGCGUGCAGAAGUGGAUGAGGUGGACUUUGCUGGCUGGUUGUGCCGAACCAUGGGUCUGAAUCAGCCGAGCACUCCCACUCGCACCUCUGAAUAACCUCCACCCCAGCCCUGCACACCAUCCCCAUCACCCUCUGCACUUUCCGCAUCACCCCUCUGUUAUUUUUCCCUGCUUGUUAGGCCUGAUCAGGCCAACUCACUCCCCCUUUGUUCCUCCUCACUUACUUAUUUGUUGCCACAGGGCUUUCUGCAGGUACUGAUUUAUAAGACAUUGUGUUUCUCAUUGGUACAACUGUCCAUUCAAUUGAACCAUAAGUUCGAACAUGUCUUGCAUUGCAUUAACAGCAUAUUUAAGAUCUCGAACCCGUUAUUCUGGAAUGUUUCAGGUAUGGCGUUACAGCACUGGUUGUAUAAAAUAUAAUACAUAUUUUUACUUUGAUUUUUCAGGUGUCAUAUUUUGCACUCUGGUUUAAAUGCUAAAGAGUAGUUGUGUAAUAGUGUCACUGCAAAAGAACAGCAGUUUAGUCAGGUGUUUAGUUUCCGAUGAUACAUUUCUAUUCUGCUACAUCUUGUGUUGAACAGUUUUAAACCAAAGAAAGCCACGGCAGAUCACAUGGAGGAUGACUUUCUGGUAGUCUAUGAGCUGGGUAUGUCUAUAAAGAUGAAUGAGUUCAUGGAACUGCUUCUCCUACAAUACAUGCAUCUAUGUAGGUAUACAGUUCACAGAAACUCUGAGGCAUUGCGAGACCAGGUAACAUAUCAGUCAUUGGUAUCAAUUUGGAGAUUUAAACAGAUUUCGGCAUUUUGUCUUUAAGUCGUUAAUUUCAAAGAAAAUAAAGUACAAUAUGGUUUUAAUAUUCCAAAUUAAGAAAUUCUACCCAUCUGUAUUUUCUCACAGAAAGAAACUUGUCUUUCUAUCUGCCGUAAGACAUGUAAUGCAUUUUCUGUCAAACUCUGUUUUUGUAUGAUACAGAAGGCAUUUUAAGACACUGAAAUAAUAAUUUUCAUGGCCCUAUCUGAUGCCGAGGUUUGUCAUCUGAAAAUUUUGUUCAAUGCUGUAACUUUUUUCACCAUUGGGUAUUUUGGGGAAAAAAUUUUUUUUUAAGUGUUGAUGUUGUGUUUUUUGCUUUUUUGCCAACUACACAUAAAGACUAAGAUUUUUUUUUUGUUCUAUAGAUAAAUCCGGAUUGCACUCCACAUUAGAGCUGACAAUCUGCAGACCUUUGCGUUGGAAUGCACAAUGACUGAACAACAGCAAGCUCUGUUUAAAAUGAGUUAAUAAAGAAUUUCCAUAGUACAUAACUCACAAAGUUGUGAUGCAUGUGAGGUACUAUGCAAGCAAUUAGAAAUUAUUAUAAAUGCAUGGAGUUAUUAGGUUGUAAGGUAGGCCAAUUGUCUGCUGUGAUGCUUGGCUGUUUGUCUUUACCUUCGUCUUCAACGUUCAGUUGAAUUCAAAACAAAAUGAGGCAUAGUGGAGGCAUAGAACAAGCAUCACAUUCAUUUGAAAAGGACUAUAAAAAAUAAAAAGUCCUUACUGAUUCAGUCUUAAAAAAUAACCUCCUUUGGUUGUUUUUUUUCUUCUUCUCUCUUUCAGUUUUUUAAUUGGCGUGGGGAAAAAUGGAAAGAGUCAUUUUAUUAUCAUAUUAAAAUUGUUGAAUACAAUUAUAAGACAUAAAUAAAAUCUUAUUUGCGA